ACAGAACCACAUUUCACAUACAUAUAUAAUUAGAGAACCGCAAUAAACUACUACAUAAGUAUUACAUAUGAAAACAAAUACAUAUUCAAACAAAUUCAAACAGGUAGAAGUUGUCAGUUUAAAAGCACAAUAUAUCUUUGGCUCCAGGGAGUAAGAGUAUAAGUCAAAAUAUUGAAUUUUUUUUUUUCGGAUAUUAGUAUUUUUUAAGUAGCCGACUAUGUGUGUCUAAGAGUAUAAGUCUCUACUGUACUUUGUUUCCAGUGUAAUAACGAUUUGAACCUAACAGUCCAAGAGAAAUAAAGUUCAUUAUGUUGGGUGUAAGAGUACAAGUCAACUUAUACUGUUACACCCAAGUCAAAAUUAUGUUGGGUGUAAGAGUACAAGUCAACUUAUACUGUUACACCCAAGUCAAAAUUAUGUUGGUACUGUUGCUUGUUUACUGACUUAUACUAUUGGGAACAACUUCUCCCAGCUGUUGGUUGUGGUUAGAAUUUAACUUAUAAAGUUAUAACAAUAGUAGAAGAUUCUGCGUUAUUUUUCACUAUUCCUCUGAUUUUUACAUUAUAAUGUAUAGUGUGUAGGAGAAAUAAUGUAUAGCAGAGGAAAAAAACUUGUUGAACUUGUAAAAACGAAAAUAGCUAAAGAGAAUACCUCCAGUUUAAAUGCAGGUAAGUGCUAAUUAAAUUUAGUGUGGUACUCCAUUUAUGUCUGUAACUGCAGUAAAAUCUUUUGCAUUAUUACUUUUGUCUUUUAUUUUAUUUCAGAUGUGAUUGAAAAUGUGAAAGACAUACCUGUUGUAACAAACGACCGAAUUGAGGUUAGGGACGAUAUAGAUGAGAAAGGAACUGUGAAUAUCGCGGAAUACUGGUCAGAAAGAAAAACAAACGAGGACGAUCAUGUCUUUGUUCAAGAUACUAGGAACACAAUUUCGAAUGGUAUGGAUGAAGAAAUUUCUAAUGUGACUGAAGAACAACUCGUUAAUGUUGAUGGCACACAGCUACCAAACACCUCAUCAUACAAUUGGUAACUUGAUGAAGUUUUAUUUGAAGUUGUUGUUGAGGACACAGGCCUUGCAAGUAAGUUACAUAGUAUGAGUUGGCAUGUAAGCGUAGAUGUAAAACUAUUAUUAUAUUGUAGUCUUUGGCUUUAUUGUGUGGUUAUACUUACGUCAUUAUUUUUAUGUGUAGGUAAUAAUGAAGAUGGAAGUUUGACAGUGCUCCAACCAAUGGUUAUUGAAGACAUUGCAGAUGCAAAUAACAGAAAUAAAGAAAAUGAACCACAUUAUGAACAGAGUGAAUUUUCCUAUGAUGUUGUUGAUGAGGACAGAGGCCUUGAAAAUACGCGGAACACAUGGGCAGGUAAGAGAGUUGAUACAAAACUAAUCAUUCUUUUAAAAGUCAUUGGCAUUAUUGUGUGCUUGUAGCUAAAAUAAUUGUUUUACUUAUAGGUAAUAAUGGAGAUGGAAGUUUGACAGUGCUCCAUCCAAUGGUUACUGAAGACAUUGCAGAAGUAAAUAUUGAUAAUGGAGAAAUUGAUCCAGAUUAUGAACCGAUAGAAGAGAAAAGCUCAAGUGAAGAUGAUGUUUCCGUUAAUGUUCCUCGCCAGAGGAAGGCUGGUCUCGGAGAAAAAGAAGACAAUACACAAACAAUUGAAGCUGAAGUGAAAAAAUGUAGGUUUUCAAGAGCAAGAAAAAGAGAAAAGUGUGUAAACCGUAACAGAGGGGUGUCAUACACAACUUUAAGCGGUAAAGUUGUCAAAGCUAGAGUAAUGAAACCUCUUAGAGACUGUCGAGCAGAAUGUAGAAAGAGACUUCCUGAAGACAUAAGAGAAAGUAUUUUUAAAGAAUAUUGGUCUCUUGGUAGUAGAGACAGGAGAGUAGCAUAUGUUGCCAGCCUUGUUGAUACUAUGGAAACCAAAACAUCAAGAAAAAGAGCUUACAAUCCUGAUAAAGAGAAAUUUAGAAUGGUUACACAUACGUUUCAUUUUAAGAUAAAUGGGAAAAGAGAAAAAGUUUGUAGGGGAUGUUUUAUGAACACAUUAGAUGAGACACAAAUGUUUGUAACUCUUGCAAUCACCAACAGAAGUACCUCUACAUCUGGUAUCACACAGCAGGACAACAGGGGAAAAACAUCACCUGGUAAUGCAAUUUCUGAUGAACGACUGGAUGAGGUUCGAAGGCAUAUACAAUCAUUCCCUUCUUACGAAUCUCAUUACACGCGAAGAACAAACAACAAGAAGUAUCUUCCUUCUUUUCUGGAUUUGAAUACUAUGUUCUCAUUUUACAAAGAAUCAACUUCUAAUCCUGUGGGGCGUACUGUAUAUACUAGGGAGUUUAAGUCCUUGGGACUAGCCUUUAAAGCACCAAAAGUAGACACUUGUCAUAGGUGUGACACAUUACAAAUGAAAGUGAAGCUAGCGAGUGGUGCAGAAGAAGAAGAUAUAAAACAGGAAAUAUCUGUGCAUCAUGCAGAAGCUGAUAAAGCAUACCUACAGAAAGAUCUCGACAAGAAAACUGCUAAAGAUGAUCCUAGCAAAAGGUGUUUUACGUUCGACUUACAACAAUGUUUGCCCACACCUUUUGUUCAGUCGUCUGUGUCUUUUUACAAAAGACAGCUCUGGACGUAUAAUUUAACUAUGCACGAAACUAGUAAACCAUCUGUUCGUUGUUAUAUGUGGCAUGAAGGCGAAGGUGCUCGUGGAGCAAAUCAAGUUGCCACAUGUGUAUUGAGAGAGCUUUCUGAGUUACCUGAAGAUGUAACGCACAUUAUUUUAUAUUCAGAUACAUGUGGCGGCCAGAACCGUAACUCGCAUGUAGCAGCAAUGUUUCUGUAUUUGAUGCAACAGAAAUGUAAUCUUCAGUUGGUGGACCAUAAAUUUAUGGUGAGUGGGCAUAGUCAUAUGGAAUGUGACACAGACCAUGCACUUAUAGAAAAGCAGAAGAAAAAACUGCGCUUCACUGUGUCACACCCCCAUGACUGGUACCAGCUUGUCAGAACUGUUGGAAGGAAAAACAAAUUUGAAGUUGUAGAACUUAAUCAUCAGGACUUCCUCAAUUUUGCUGAGCUGUACAAAACUAGUCUCUUUCUUAGAAAGAAGGAUAGUUCAGGAGAACCCUUCAAGUGGACUGAGAUGAGAUGGCUCAGAUACACUCAAGAACGACGAGUGAUUCAAUUUAAGAACACACUUGAUGAAGAUGCACCUUUCAGAGAAAUUUGUUUAAAACGACGGAACCGCAGUCCAGAUGAGCUGUUACAUCCAAAGAAAUGUUAUAACUCCACACUUGCCAUUUCCAAAGAGAAAAAGAAGGAUCUCUUGGAGCUGUUGCCAUUGAUAGACACAGUUUUUCACAGCUUUUAUUUAAACUUGAAAACUACUGUGGAUGCAAGAGAUGUACUUCCUGAUAUAGAGGAAUUCAAUGAAUGAAUAUUUUUGCACUUUCCGGAGCUUUACCUUCCAAAGGUUUUUGUAAUAAGUAUACGAAUGUUGUCAAUUAAUCAUUUUCUUAGCAAAAAGUGUCAUCUAAUUUAAGAAAACCUGCAAUAUUCUCACCAGUAUAAGUCAUGUAAUUAAUGGUCUUAAGAGUACAUGUCUUUAAACCUGCAGUGUUCUCACCAGUAUAAGUCAUGUAAAUGAUGGGCCCUAACAGUACAUGUCAUUUAUUUAAUCUUUAGCAAUAAAGAAAGAAAUAUUGUUGUUGUAAAAUGCUAAUAAAUCAUUUACUAAGCAUAUGUAGCCAUUUGGUUUAUUUAAAAUAAUGGAAAUUUGAUAUUGUCACUAAUUUAAAAUCUUUAAACCUCUCUCCUGAAAAAUAGAAGUUUUUGACUUAUACUAUUACUCCCUGGAGCAAUAGAUAUAUAACAAACAACAUUAAAAAAAAACAACAAUAAAA